GUUACAGUAUUUUUCCGUUAUCCAGUGGUGUUUACAAGUGCUUCAGAUUUUGUUUAGACUGUUUAUGAUUGCAAAGUUUUAGUUCGAGAGUUAAAUACUAGUAAGUGACUGAAUCUUCGAAUGCAUCGGAACUUUGUAAUCUGCAUAGAUGAAGUUUAACGCAACGGGAGACUAAACAACAACUGGAUGAUGUGGAGAUAGAUGUUUUUAACACAUUAUGUUAAAUACGAACAACUUUGAUUAUGAAACCACGACUUUGUAUGACGCACUUGAGGCCUACACGAGGAGUUCUGAAAGUCAGGAUGAUAACGUGACCAACUCCACAAAUGCAACAUGGCCAAGUUACGACGUCUGCGAUCCGUCUUCUUACCCGCAGGACUUCCUGACAUCUUCACUGUUCCACGGCUGCAUUUACCUAAUGUAUUCAAUAGUGUUUCUAGUAGCGCUACUUGGAAACGGACUAGUGUGUUUCGUAGUGCAAACUUCACCUCGUAUGAAGACAGUGACGAACUACUUUAUAGUGAACUUGGCUGUGGGUGAUAUACUAAUGACACUGUUCUGUGUGCCGUUUACUUUUGUGCCUAUGUUGAUACUCCGGUACUGGCCGUUCGGUUUUGUAAUGUGUAAAGUAGUGAACUAUACUCAAGCUGUGUCUGUGCUUGUGAGUGCAUAUACGUUGCUAGCAAUUUCAAUUGAUAGGUAUAUGGCUAUAAUGCGACCAUUAAGACCUAGGUUAGGGAAAGCAGCAGCUAAGAUGGUAGUGGCUGCGGUAUGGCUUGGUGCUCUUACGACAGCAGCUCCCAUCGCAGUUGUCACACAACUACAGAGGCCGACACCUUGGCAUGAGGUGUGUCAAGCUGAUAUUUGCUUUGAACAGUGGGAGCAUGCGGGUCAAAGUGGCCAGUACACGUGUGCGCUGCUAAUACUGCAAUUUGCACUGCCACUGGCCGCGCUUGUGUGCACGUAUGCGCGCAUCGCUCACGCUGUGUGGGGAGGUCGGCCGCCCGGGGAGGCUCAGGACGCAAGAGACUCCCGAUUGCAACAUUCUAAACGUAAGAUGAUCAAGAUGAUGGUGAUCGUGGUGACUGUGUUUACAAUAUGUUGGCUGCCCCUCAAUAUGUUCAUUGUAUUGUGGACUGUUCAUGAAGAAGACGAGAGGUGGGCUACAUGGCCAGGGAUGCCGUACAUGUGGUUCGCUUGCCACUGGCUAGCGAUGUCACAUUCGUGCUACAACCCUAUAAUAUAUUGCUACAUGAAUAAUCGAUAUAGGCGAGGGUUUAAACAGGCAUUUGGGUGCAUAUUUAGAAAACGACUGGAGACGUCAUCACGACAUCGAACCAGUAUGUGUGAAGGUGUACAAAUGUCCGAGAUAGUGGGGGUGAAUGGAAUGACUCGACGCGGGACGACAAGCAGUUGCCUCAGUCGGUUGCAUCGUGUGCCCACGUGUUCAUCAUGCACGUCUGUGAGGCGGGGGUUGACCACAAUCCCUCGGACUUGCGCAUCAUCAGCCCCAGUUCGCGCCUUAUCAGUUCGAACCCACCUAAACUGACCUCAAGACUCGCUGAAACGCAAUUAAAUGAAUAUUAUUUACUAUUUCAA